UGAGCAGCGAGUUAAAAAAGGGAAGAACGGUUCAGGCAGAAGUUCAGUAAGAGCUCGGAACCACGCACAGAACCGAAGCUGUUCUUUCCUUACAGACUGUUUUGCAUCCUGUGCAGCCCCAGGGCCCUGAACAAGCUGAUGGAAGGAUUUCAAGGUGUUCUUCACUGACCAUCAAGAAGGCUGUUUCAUUGUAGCUGGCUAAUCUGAAAGCCCAGUUUACAUUGACUUUGAACAAGGUUGAUGCUGUUGUUGGUUGGACUAUGAACUUUGCAGUACUUAACCACAAUACCAUCAUCACAAACUGCUUUGACUAUAGAUCUAUCUAACGCUCUUAGAGCUGCUGACCCCCAUAUCUUAUCCCAUGUAUAAUCCCCAUGCCCCUGGGAAUCAAAGUAGCUCCCAGGGGCAAUAUGGAUGCACUACUGGACAAACCGAGGGGAAUAUGUGGAGGACAAUGCCCAAUCCUGUACUUACAUCCAACCAAAGCUUUCUUGGGGGUUCUUCUGCACAUCCUGCCAGACUUGAGAGUAGAGUCAUGGGACAGUUAUCUGGUGGAUCUAGUUUGCUAGUGAGCAACAGGCCUAAACCAAGUCAAACUACUUCAGACAUUAACUUGCAGAGUACCUACAACAUUUGUGCCAGAGAACAAAUAAGGUACCAACCUAACGGCCAAGGUGCUCUGUUUACCAGCACGCAAAGAGACAUUUUGGCGGUCUCAACUACAGCAGAGUCAAGCUACUUUGUGUCAUCAACAUCCCAAGGUCAUCAACAAUCCAGUGCUGAUGUUGGGAGUACUUCUUUUAACUGGCUCCCAGAUUACAGAAGUUAUAAUGAAGAUCAUUCCUCCAAAUCUUGUUUAAAUCCCUGUGAUUACACAGCUCAACCGACAGGCCAACCUCUACCCUAUAAUCCUGUGUUCACACCACAACUGGCUGAAAAGAUUUUAUUGAAUUAUGGACUUCAAAAAGAGGACUUGUAUGAACUCAUAAAUUACCCCGAUGAAGAAACUACAGCUGAGAAGCUACCCUACACUUUACAAAAGAUUCGAAAGAAGAAUGCCGACAGAGCUUUAGCUGCAGCUGCGUCAGACUCUACAUCUCAACCAACUGCAAGUGGAAAGGACAGAGUGGUUAGUUUUGGACUGCCAAGACUAUUCCACGAUGAAAUGCCAUCAACCAGUUGUCACCCAGUUGGAAUGGCUCAAUAUGGACAUCCUGGAAUAUGUACUCCAAUAGUUGUGGAUAAUACUUUUGAGAACAUUCUCAGUAAAGCUCAGACUAGUAGAAACACUUUGCUGAUGACUAAAGAAGCAUCUGAACAACAUUUAGGAUUAAAAACAUGUGAUGUGUUUUCUUCAGAUGACCAGGUGAAGUCUGAUACCAGCUUGAGCUCGGCAAGGAAUGCUGCAGCUCUAGCCCAACAGGUGCAGACUCAAUCAAACCAGACUUUUCCAUCAAUCACCCCUGCUUUCUCUCAAAAUAAAAACCUGGAUAUUACACCAAAGUUUGGCCUUUUUGGAUUUGCCCCUGCAAAAGCAACGGUUUCCCACUUUACAUCAAAAACACAGUCACCAAAUGAUCUAAGCAAGGGUGUAAAUUUGGACAGACCUGUCCUUGUGCACACAGAAAGUACUGAUGCGAGUUGUGCAAAAGCUCAAGCUAAAACUCAAAAUCUAGAUCCAAAAAUCUCAUUGAUGCCACCACAGAAACUGGUCCAGAAGCAGCCACUAUUGCAGAUUACACAAGCUGUGCAACCUGCACAGCCCACUGCUUUGAAACCAGUUCCUCCUCCCUCUUUCAGCCCUACUGUCACAGAUGUUUCACAUCCCAUUCCACAUUCUGCCAUCAUUGUCGUUUCUCCAUCUGUCCCAAGCUUGGAUCUAGUCAAGACCACUGAGGUGCAAGGAUUUAAACAACAGUCUCCAGUAAAACCUGCAACCUUAAGGGGUCUGCCAUCACUAGCCAAGAUGCAUGAUUAUGCUGCGACCAAACCAAGAAGGUUUUCAUAUACCUGUUCUUUAUGUAAGACAAAAUGUUCUCAAAUGAAGGAUUGGAUUGACCACCAGAAAACCAGCCUGCACCUUGGGAGCUGCAAACUUCUUCGAGAACAAUACCCAGAGUGGGAUGGCAAAGUAACACCACUGCAAAGUGAUGCCAUUAAAGGCUUGAAGAUUCCACCCUUGACUUCUGACCAGACUUUCCAGGAUCAUCAAAAAAGCAGUGAUGGGAGUCUUUCCCGUUCUCAGUCUCACAGCCCUAGCCAACAUCACACCUCUGGAAAUAGAAAGGGCGCUUCCAGCAGUAGUUCUUGCUCUCGAAGCCUGCGCCGACAGCGCAGAUCUAGGCAUAGAAAGGCCACUUCUGGUAGUAGUAGUUCUCGCUCUAGAAGCCCUCGCCGACGCCGAAGUUCUAGGCAUAGACGGAGCAAUUCCAGCAGUGGUUCUAGCUCUGGAAGCCCUCACCGACGCCCCAGUUCUAGGCAUAGAAGGGGCAAUUCCAGCAGUGGUUCUAGCUCUGGAAGCCCUCACCAACGCCCCAGUUCUAGGCAUAGAAGGGGCAAUUCCAGCAGUGGUUCUAGCUCUGGAAGCCCUCACCAACGCCCCAGUUCUAGGCAUAGAAGGGGCAAUUCCAGCAGUGGUUCUAGCUCUGGAAGCCCUCACCAACGCCCCAGUUCUAGGCAUAGAAGGGGCAAUUCCAGGAGUUGUAAUCGCUCUUAUAGCCCUCGCCACUGCCGCAGCUCUGAAAGUCAAAGGGGAAAACGGAGCAAGAGGACACGGUCACUGCACAGCCCCAGGUACAGUCGCAGGUCUCGGUCUAGAUCUUUCUCUCCACGGUACAACCGCCAUAUUUUCUCCCAUUAUCAGAGAAGUUCGAGUCCUUGUGAGAGACCGUUUCUACGAAAAGGAAGGUUUCCGAAAUCGUGGUCACCAAGGAAGGGCUGUGAGCAAAGACCACCCCCAAGUACGAGCAGAAAACAAGUGUUACAGAGGAGUGAUGAAAAACAGCGCUCAAGAAGGAGCCCCAAUCAAAAGUUGUCUCCAAGAAGUGAAGAGAGACAAAGUUCACGAGGACGGAGCUGUGAGCGACGAUGCUUGCCAAGAAAGAGCAGUGAGCGACAGUUCCCACCAAGAAGAGCUGGUAACCAACGACAGGGACCAGUGAGGACUGGUGAGCAACAGUCAUCCCCAAUAUUUGAUGACAAACGACUUUCACCACCGAGGAAUAAUGAGAUGCAGUCGCCACCAAGAAGAAAUGAUGGGAAGCAAUCCAUAUUAAAGAAGUGUGAGGAGGUGUCUUCAAUAAGUGGAAGCCGUAAACGACAGCUGUCCCUAGAAGAAUCAUCUUCUCAACAAAAGAUAUCACGCAGUGAACAAAUGCUAAAAGAGCAACUUCUGAAUUCAGCUUUUUAUGUGCCAGAGCAGCCAAACACCUAUAAUGUGUUUGAGCCUUUAGUAAAUGCUGUACUGGCUGAACAAGCCAAAAGGCAGACAUCUUCAUCGCUACAAUCAUCAUUUACCUCACUGGCCAAGAUGAAGCCUUCCACAUCUUCAGGGGGCAAUAGCCCAUCCUCUGGUUCCUUGUCCUCUUCCUCCAAACCAGCAACAUUGAAGUUGGACCUUCCAACGAGUGAGGCAAGUUCUACAACUAUACCCAAGUCUCAGCUUGCUCAUCUAAGUAAACCAUCACCUCCAACCAUGUUAAGAAUCAAGGGGAAUUUUGACACUCUUUCUCACGGUGAUGUGAUUGCAGCCAUGGAGUCCUUUGGAAAAACCAAAUCUCUCUUACUGUUUAAGUCUAAACAAGAGGCGACCGUGUGUUUUGAAAACAAGGAAGAUGCCGCCAAACUUAAGAGCAUACAAAACCUAGAAAUAAAAGGAGUACCCCUCACCUUUGUAGCUAAACAGGACAGUGUUUCUGAGGCACCUCAUUCUGCGUCUGCAGAGGAUCAGAAACAGCCUCCUCCAGAAAAGCCUGCUGUUUCCCGCCAGUCUGUUUCUGGUAGAAACAUGGUUCUCCUGCCUAUGAAAACGCUUUUGUCUUUACAAAAAAAAUCCAAAAAGAACACAGUAGUCAAACUUGUGAAAAAAGCAAAAGUCUUGGUUUCCAAAGGAAUGAACGUCUCCAAGAAGCAGGCAUUUCUAACUGUAAAAGCAGACAAUUUGGUUGCAAAGCAGCCUGAAAAAUCAGAGAGUAUAGAAGCUCUAAAGCCAGAAAAGACAAUUACUCCUGGUAACCCUGGACAAAAAUCAAAUAAAAAGUCUCAAGUGGCUGCUGAAGAUUCUGGGAAUGUACUGAAAAAAACAGCCAAGAGUGAAAAAGUAUCAAAUGUAACCGUUGCGGAAAAAAAUCAAGGCAAGGAAGACAUUCCAAAGGUAGGAACUGCAACAACCCCCAUCCUGAAAGGAAAUGUUGAAACCUCUGUGGGUAAAGUGAUAAAACUAUCAGAACAAAAGGUUCUGCUAGUCGAGUCAAGUGAAAAUCUUCCACCCAGCAGCAAGAAAAUGGAAGAAGUUGCAGCAAAGCCUUUAAAUACUUCAUCUGACUCUGCAGCAUCAGGCACACAAACUCUCAAGGCUGAAAUUUUGAAAACAAGCGUUCGAGAAUUUGUAGUAGCAGCUGAAAACCCUGUUCAAGUCCUUGAGACAAUAAGCGAAACAGCAACUAAAAUAGCCGAGCAGACCCAUGUUAACAAAGCUAGCAAUGAGAUGAAAGAUGUGACCAAUGCUGAAUUAUUGGCGCUGGGAAAAACUGGAGCGGCGGAGCCAACAAAACGAGAUUCUUUUGUGAAAAAAGAGCAAAAACAAGUUGCCGAAAAGUUUUCACCACUCAAAUUUGAAGAUGCUCAACCGCCAGUCAGUACAGCUGCGACCGCAGCCGGUAAACCUUCAACCGAUCCUCCUCCGAAGCAACAGAUCCCCACCGAAUGUCCAAAGACCUCCGUCAAAGCUGUGACGCAGGUCCAAAUGAAAACUGUGUCAAAUCCAGACUCCACUUAUCAGAAUCCGAAGGCCAACGUGAAGCCUUUCCAGACAAACCCAGUGACUGCUGGAGCACCCAUUGAGACGGCGCCAACUGUCAGAGAGGAGAUGGAAACAAAUCUAAAAGAUCCUGUCAUCACUUCAAAGACUCAGAUGGGUCCGGUUUUAAAGCCUCUGACAAGUGUUCCAGCUGUCUCUCCAACAGCAGCUAAAACCAGUCCGACCAUUAAAACCAGCGCAGCACAGAUUAAAAAGCAGCCAGCUGUUCCCACAUGUCUGGCUUUUGAUACCUCCCUGACUGUUGGGGAGAAGAUUGUGCCUGAAUACCUGAGUCAACUAAACUUGAACAGCAAAGAAUAUGUUGUGGCAGAAAGUGUCCUGAGGACCGGGCCUUUUACAGUUGACUCAACGCUGCUGUUAAUAACUAACCUGCCGGUGUAUAACAGCUGCAGCUACACUGAGGAGGAAGUUGCCAAUCUGCUUUGUACAUAUGGGUUUCAAUAUGCGCAUGACAACAUCUACAUCAUUCCUCAGGGAUGCAUGGCUUUUGUACUUCUGCCCAAUGAGCGGUCAGUGAUGGACCUUAUUAUUGCGUCGGUACACAACCACCUCUUCCUCAAACAACAUAAACUUGGAUUGCACAUAGUGAAAAAAGACUUUUUAAUGACACCACUUGGCUUUUAUAAAUCGAUCAUGGAGCUAACAUCCUUUAAAGUUGAGGCGACAAAUUUGAUCUACAUCCAGAACAUCUCCCCAAGCGACACCAUCGAUGUCAGAGAGGCUUUGAGGAAAAUUGGAUCUGUCAGAAACUUCCUGCCUCUGCUCAACAAGGUUUUCAUUGAAUUCAGCUCUCCUUAUGAUGCUGAUCGCCUCGGAAUUUGGUACAGCCUCAUGAAGGUGGGCUUUACUCACACGGUUAAAAGGCUGAGACUUCCGAGAAGCAACAAGAAAUCACAGCCUCCACAACUGCCACUGAACGCUCUGCCGGACCGUGACGAGAUCAUUGCUGGGGCAGAAAUACCAAAUGCAAAAUAUGGCAUCCCCCAAGGCACCAAUGCGCCAUUGUGGGUGACCAUGACAACAAUUCCAUACGUUUUCUCAACUGCCUCUCCUUGGUUUAACAUCCCAGAUUUUCUGACAAUCCGUGGGAAGAAGGACCUUUCGACAACUCCCCAUCCAGGCUCUGCGUACUGUACCGUAAUGUUGACGGGUUUACCAGAAGGAAACUACAAGCACAAAGACAUCGCCAAGUUGGUGUGGCGUUAUUUUCCCAAACAGAACCUUCACACUCUCUACUACAACAUAUUGGUCCUACCACUGCAGAGGAGGGCCUUUGUGUUUUUCUGUGACCGGGAGGCAUGCUGCACUUUUGUCCUGGAUCAUGUCAAAAAACCAGUGUCCAUCAGCAGCUGCACUCUUACCGUCCACUUCAUCUUACAGGACAUUCGUCCUGGACCCAGCGAGGAAAUCAUGUACAGAGCUAUGAUGAAGUGGAGCAAUGCUCAUGUCCCAGAGCUUGAUUUCCUAAAGCAGCGACUGCUGUGUGUGGAGAUCUCUGAGGUAAAUGUGGACCUCAUCAAGAACGUAAUGAAGGAGGUGGCUUCCAUCGCUAGCUUUGUCAACUUCCUGCCACUUGCUAACAGGAUUUGCAUCGAGAUGCUCGCCUCCAGCGGUGUGAAGAAGGUGCUGGAGGAAAUUGCCUCAAUGGGGGAUUUGUCAACACGCAGAACCUGGAGCAAAGUUGGACACGUUGAGUCUUUGAAGGACCUCAAAAAGCGUCUGGAAGACUCUGAGAAGAUCACUUUAAAUCUUGAAGCAAGCAGUACAGGAGGUGGAACUAAACCUCCAGCAACACCGCUUCCUCCCUCUGAGACUUCUCGUAUUGUUGCUCAGUCAGAAUCUGCUAAAGCAGCUUUAUCAACUGAGUCCACAGCUUCUAAACCUGAAGAAAGAGGUGCUGAGGCUCCCAGUGUUUCCAAACUCGAACCAGCUGAAGUUUGUAAACCUGACGGAAGAACUACAGACCUUUUAGAGAAGAGACAAGGCACCAGAGUGUCUGACAAAGCUCCCAUCGCUUCUAAAUGGCGAUCAAAACCUGCAGAAAGUCUCGCUGACCCUCCUAAAGCUUCUAAACAUGAGAUAAGAACUGAAGAGCCAUCUGAGAUGAGACUAGACCACAGCUUCUCUGCUGAACCUCCCAGUGCUUCUAAAUCUAAGGAGAAGUUUGUGGAAAAAGCCGUACAUCCUCCUAGCUUUCCUCAAAAGAAAGCUGCACCUGAGGAACAAACUGCUGAAUCUCCCAAAGUUUCUAAGUCGGAGGUCAAGUGUCCAGAAGAAGCAACUGCUCCUGAAGGUCUUCCUAACACAGCAGCAGUUUCUGAGAAAACAGCGCCAGACCCUUCUAACCUUUCUCCGGCUUCCAGCGCAGAAACACGUUUAGCAACCCAAACUCAUGAGACCUGCAAGAAUAACUCCGCUGCAGCAGAUCCUGUGGAGAAGACCCAAACAGAUCCACCUCCAGUAGCUGCCAGCAGCGUUUCAGCGCAGCGGGCAGCUGCUUCUGCUUCUUCUUCAGCAGCUGCGGAUCCCUCCCUGACUGUCGGAGAGAAGCUGGGAAGGCUGCUGCAUCCAGAGAAAAUCCGUUGUCUCAGUGAACACAUCAUUGUGUCAACUAAACCCUUUUCACUCUACACAAGGUUGUUAUUAAUAAGCAACCUGCCAGAGUAUCACGAUGGCUGCUACGCUGUGAGCGACAUUGCCAAUCUGCUUCGUGAGUUUGGAUUUCAGCACAAAGGAAGAAACAUCUAUGUGAUUCCUCAGGCAUGCAUGGCUUUCGUCCUCAUGGACCAUUUUCAAUGUGCACGGCGGGCUUUCGUAGCUUCCCAGAAUGAAUCCCUGAUUCUAAAUGGAUCUAAGCUCAGUGCCCAGAUUGUCAGCAGCAAGAUUUUUAUGGCACCAUUUGAAUUUUAUAAGUCUCUGAUGGAACUGGUCGGUUUUCCAGUUAGUGAUGACGGAACCAGUACCAUCUACAUCCAGAACAUCUCACCGAGCGAAGCCAGAGAUCUCAGGGAAACUCUGAGAAAAAUCGACUGUGUUAAAAACUACCUUCCUCUGCUUAACAAGGUGUUUGUGGAGUUCGAGUCCGUCCGCGAUGCUGAUCGGAUCGGAGUUUGGUACAGCCUCCUGAAACGCUACCCUGCACAUAACGUCUACAGGAUGAAACUGCCCCGAAACAGCAGCACAUCUCUGUCACCACGGCUAGCACCGAAGGCUAUGCCAGACGCCAAAGAUAUCGUCACCGGACCAGUCGUCCCCACAACAAACUUUGGCGUUCCACUGGGCAGCACGGCACCGUUUUCUGUCACCUUGACAACAGCUCCUUUUGUCUUCCCAACCGUGUCUCCCUGGUUCAUCAUUCCAAAAUUUAGUACAAUCAAGACUAAGAAGGACUUGUGGACACCUGCCUCUAUAGGCCCCAAGUCCUCCACCAUCAUGUUGACACGUUUACCUGAAGGAAACUACAAACACGAAGACAUCGCAAAGCUUGUGUGGAAAUACUUCCCCAAACAGAACCUUCAGACUCUUCUCUACAACAUUGUGGUCCUACCACUGCAGCGGAGGGCUUUUGUGCAUUUCAACGACUGGCAGUCGUGCUGCAGUUUUGUUGAAGAUUUCCUCAAAUGUCCGGCGUCCAUCAAAGGCUACAUCCUGUACAUCCACCAGGUCUUACAGGAUAUGCCUUCUGGAUUCAGCGAGGAGAUUCUGUACAGAAAUAUGAUGAAAUGGAGCAACACUCGCGUUCCGGAGCUCGAGUCUCUGGAGGAGCGACUGCUGCUCGUGGUGCUUUCUGAGGUUUCUGUGUACCUCAUCAUUAGUGUCUUGAAGACGGUGACGUCCAUCGCUCCGCUUGUCAGCUUUUUGCCGCUCGCCAACAGGCUAUGCAUUGAGAUGGAAGAUUCGAGCAGCGUAGCACGAGUGGUGGAGAAUAUUUCACUUGUGUCCAACCCAGAAGAGUGGAAUCAUGUUCAAUGCGUUGAAUCUGUGAAGAGCCUGAAACUGCGCCUCAUUGACUGCACAGAGAUCGCAAUAAACCUUGAACUGGACAACAGUGAUAUCUGGACUAACACUCCGGCUGUAGAGAGUGAACCACAGCUUCCUCCUGCUGAUGUUUCUGAUAAAAAUACACAACCUGGUGUCCAAGAAUCUGCAGAAAUGUCCAACAUCGUGUUGGCAGACAAAGAAGAUGUAGCUUCGGCAACAAAAGCCAUUCCGACCACUAAGGACAAUGUGACUGAAACAGAACUUAAGAUUGUAGAAAGGACAGAAAAAACUGAAGCAGAGAACAAAAAUGUGCUGUCCGAAUCAACCGUUUCAGAAAACCAAGUUGUUGUCUCUGGAAAGGUUCAUGAAUCUGCAGAGAAGACUACAGAGACGGGAAGCAAAGCAGUACCUGAAAAAAAGGAAGAGGCAGAAACAAUUAAAGAUAAUAUUCAGCCACAGGUUGGCAAAGAUGCCAAACGAUCAGAGCCGAAGGAAACAGAAAAAACAGAUCAAAUUGAGGUUAGAGGUUCUGCUGAAGCCAAAGAGGAAGUUAAACCCAGCAACAAUCAGCCACUAACCAAAACAGCGUUGCCUGCGCCACAUGAACCUUUGACUGAUGCAGCUCAGGAACCACAGAUCACAUUAAAAACCCAGGAAACUACAGUGAAAGCCCCAUCAGAAGUCCAUCAAAGCAGGAAUCCAGAUCCAGACCAUUCUGUAGCAGAACAGAAGACCAGAACAAACGCUUCAGAAAAACAGCAGCAGACUGCAGGAACCUCAGUAACAACAAAAUCAGCAUCUAACGAGGACAAAGUUUCAUCUGUGACAACUGAAGUUCCUGCAUCUCACAAAGGUGCAGCCACAGGUUCACCUGGUGAUUCCCGUUUAACUCCUGGAGAAAAGAUAGGAAAUUCUUUAAAAAAACCAACAAACUUCAAAUGGGUCUCUGUGUGUGCCUCUUCAUCAAAGUUUCUGUCACUUGUUGCGACUCUGGUUAUAUCCAACCUACCAGAGUUUUGUGACGGCUGCUACACAGAAGCUGACGUCAUCAGUCUGCUCCAAAGGUCUGGGAUUCAGUGCAAAGAUGACAGAAUCUUUAUCGUUCCUCAGUCUCGAAUAGCUUUUGUUGUUUUGCCAAAUAUGAAGGAGGUGCAAAAACUGAUGUUAGACAAGAGGACCGUCAUCUUCAAAGGGUCCAAGCUCCACUUCGGUGUCAUACAAAGCCAUAAACCAUCAAAUUUAUUUGGGGUUUAUAAAUUCUUGAUGAGUUUCAAAAAAUUCAAAACCUAUGAUCCAACAAAAGUAGUGUACAUCCAAAACAUCUCAGUAAAUGAAGCCAGAGAUCUCAGAGAAGAUUUGAGAAGGAUUGGAAAAAUGGUAAAUUACCUGCCGCUGCUCAACAAGGUUUUUGUUGAAUUUAAAUCUUCGUAUGAUUCUGAUCGGCUCGGAGUUUGGCACAGCUUCCUGAAGCAUUCGCGCUCCCACAUCAUUUACAGGUUGGGUGUGCCUGUAACCUAUUCAAGAUCAAAACCUCUGAGAUUGCCAGCACGGGGCUUCCCAGACAGGUCGGCUAUCGUGGCCGGGGCAGGCAUGCAAAAGAAAAAAGUGGUCGUUCCAUUUGGCUGCACAGCACCAUUUUGGGUUACUAUGACAACUAGACCCUUUUUGUUCCCCACUGCAUCUCCUUGGUUCAACAUCCCAGGUUAUUUCCAGCACAUCUCAAUGGAAAAGAUAAGGAAAUGCAAGUCUGAGGGUCCUACAGUCAUGCUGACGGGUUUGUCAAAUGAAACCUACACACACGAGAACGUGGCAGCGCUGGUGUGGGAAUAUUUCCCUGUGCAGGAUUUUCACACACUCUACUACAACGUGAUGGUUUUACCGUUGCAGAAGAGGGCCUUUGUGCGUUUCAGCAGCAAGGACGCUUGCUCCAGGUUUUUUCAAGCUCACGUGACGAGGCCAAUUGUUUUCAAAGGCUCCACUACCUAUGCCUUUUUAGUGUGGGAGAAUAUCCCCCUUGCAGAUGAUGAGGAGUCCUUGUACAAAACUCUGAUGAAAUGGAGCAAUGCUCAUGUUCCAGAUCCAGUGGGUUUGGAGGACCGGCUGCUCUGCGUCGAGGUUUUAGCCACGGAUAAGGAUAUCGUCAUGAUGGUCAUGAAUGAGGUGGCGAACAUCGCUACUUUUACCAACUUCCUGCCACUCGCCAACAGGAUUUAUAUUGAGAUGACCACAUCCAGCGCAGUAACAAAGGUGGUAGAGAACAUGCUGCUAUCAGAAUUAUGUGAAAAGUGUGAAGAUUGGAAGCAAGUUGGACGCAUCGAGCUUGUCAAGAGCAGAAAACAGCGCCUGCAGGACUGUAAAAACGUCCCAGUAAAAGUUGAACUGGGCACAGCGGAUAACUACACCAACCCCACUGAAGUAAAAAGUGCAGAACAGCCCCUUGAUGAUAAGGCAACAGAAACCAGAACCCCUGAUUCUGCUAAGCCUGUUUCUUCUGCUGAGCCCGCAGCAUCCAUGUCUGCAGCAGGAUCAAGUGAUGCAGCGAUGCAGGAGAAAUGUGAAGCCGAGAAAACGACUAACUCCCCAGAUUCUGUUAUGGAAACGGCAGAUACAGAAGACGACUCAACAACCUGCUCUGCUCUGCAAACUGGAAGUCUGGUUCAGUCUGAGGAAGAAAACGUAGAGGUUCCUAAAAUGGAUAUGGACAGUUUUAAUGUACUUAAAGCUCUAGUUUGUCAAUUCAAACUCAAACAAGAAAGCUCCACACAAAGCCAAGAGAUCUCCAGUAAAUCCAGCAGCAGCAGGUCUGGAGGACCAAAGGAUGAACAAACACCAGAAAGAGAGAGCCCCAGAAAGAGAAGCGAGAGGCAGAGCUCAACAUCAGAAGUGUUACCUGCAGCCAAAAGGACCUCAACAUGUUCCUCUGAAAACAGCUCACCCUCUUCAUCACCCCCAUCCAAUUCACAAAAUAUGGGAUUUUCCCCUCAUAAUACGUGUUCAUCCAAACCCUCUCCUCCUGCCAGAGGCAAUAGGAUCUUUUCCUCCUCUUCUGAUUCUGUUACGACUCAGUUAGCUCAUUCUUCAUCUACAGGUCAACAAACCGUUUUAUCUUCAGAAGGUGCCAGGAUGUCGUUGGAAAUCUGUCAGUCUCAGAAAAACAUAGCAAGUCCCAGAGAGGGUGCAUCGGGUAACUCUGACUAUAAAGUCUCUGCAAAGAGAAAAGCUGCACAAACUGCUGAGUUCAGAUCAGGAACCUCGUCAGAAAUGGAUCCACCAGCACAUGGACAGAAGUUAGAGUUAACUGACCAACACCAGAGUUCAGAGACAGAAUUUACAGAAAAAACACUCAGAGAGGUGGCCAAGAGCAAAGAAGAGGAGAGGCAAAAAGAUCAAGAUGGCCAAAGCACUGAGGAAAAAGAUCUGCUCCUUAAUUCUCUCAAUGAGGAAACUGUUGAAAAAACAGAGAAAGAUCAGAAACAGGACAUUGCAUUUGAAACUCGCAUACCUGGACCUGAGAUGAUCCAUGAUCUAGAUCAGGGAGACCUUGGGGCCAACACUUGCAGUGAAACGGAGACAAAUGCUGUUGUUCAAGAAGAGGAGAGAGUCACUGAUAACCAUGAAGCUUCUGUGAAAGAGGAAAAACAUCAGGUUCAAGAUGGUUUGACAGAAGAACCCGACAAGAGAACCAGUACAUCUGUUUCUGAAGAGAAAGAGAACUCACAUGUAAAACAGGAACGUUCAGAUAAACAGUCUGAGACUCAAACAAAGGACAGCAGAACAGAGACGGAGACUGAUGGCGGGACAGAGAAGAAGGUCUGCAGGGACACUGUUCAGAAUAAAUCUAUCACUGAAAGGUCAGUUAGAAGAUCUACCAAAGGAUCAAAACUAGAUAAAAAAACUGAAAACAAAGCAGCCAUCAAUGUACCAACCAUCACCACAAGAUCUACUAGAGGAGGAGGGAAAAUUACUUCAGAUGAAAGACAAGAAGACUAUACUCCAACAAGGAGGAGGAACACUCCUGCCAAAGAUUCUCAGAAAACAGAAAAAGCAGCAUCUCCUAAAGACUUCCCACCAAUAACCUGUGAGCAGAAAUCAUCACAAGAGAUCUCGGUGGGCGUCAGCUUCAGAGAGACUGAAGAGGAGGAACAAGAAGCUACAACAACCAGGACAAGAGGUCAAGCCAAGAAGACGGUCGAACUGGCUCCGGUCAGGAAAUCAACCAGAGGGAUGAAGUUGGAAUGUCCUAAUGGACAGACACCGAAAGAAAGUGAGGAGACAAGAAAAGAAGAAAUUAAAGUACCUAGUAAACGGAAGAUGGAAAGUUCCGGUCCUGAAUUAAAAAGAUCUCGAGUCGCCGCCAACUUCAAUCUGCCUCCAUUCAACCCUAAAACACCCCUGGGGAAGGAGUUUGUUAGCCGUAAGUGGGGGUAUUUCUGUAACCUGUGCUCCGUUUCCUAUCUGAAUGACAACACCAAGGAGGACCAGCAUUGCAGAACCCAAACACACUACGACAACCUGAAGAAAUAUUACCGGAAGCGACUGAAUCUGAGACCUUCAAGAAUAUUGAAACCAAACUCGGCAUGAACUCUUUCUGUUUGAUCAACUUGUUUUUGGUGAAGAAUGUAAAGCUGUUGUGAGUGUUGAAAUUAUAAUUUGAACAGCAGUUCUAGAACAUAACCUUUAUGUUCUUAAAUAUUUUCUUCUUUCUACUGGGAAAUAAUUUUUUUUGUUUUUUAAUUGUCAGACAGUUGAUCUAAAUGUUUGUUUUUUUUUCUAUGAAAAUGUACUUAAAAUCAGCUUGCUGUAGCUAACAGAAGAAUGUUUUGUAUGAUAACUUUUAUUAUCAAAGCACAUCUUGCAAUACUUUUCCGGCAUAGCAGUACAUAUUUAAGACUUUUGCUGUAGAUAAUGUAAUUAUUAUUUUGAGGUAAAAUCAUAAUGUUCCUGAUAGUAUUACCAUUGUUUUGUAAAUAAAAAAUACUAAAGUGACUCUGGUGGAGGACCAAAUAGAUGAAACACUGUUUCUUUCCUUUUUUUGUCAUGUUGAAAAUUGUCAGGUUUAUGUCCUGAAGAUGUUCCUUAAGGAAAAAUAAAAUAUAAUUUUACUGUAAAA